AUGACCGAAACCUUCUUGCUGCUGCGUAUCCGCCGCGAGGCGUGCGUGUGGUGGUGGAGUUGGGUCGGCACUGAUGGGGUCAGGCGGGAAAAUGUAGAUGCGCGGACCUUUCUGGCCGUCGGCUUAGGCAGUGAUGCCCAUAUCAUUUUUGUGCGUGGAGGCAGACACCAUCAGAAAGGUGGACGGGCACUACACGGCCCUAGGUUUGCUAGAGGGAGCUGUAUUGCCUCAGUAACCUGGCUUCGCCAUCAAAGGAGGAGGGAGCAGGUGGCGACGAGCUGAACUGGGCUGGUUGACCAUUCGGCGCGAGAUUUUUUUUUUUCAGACCAAGAACCUUGAGUGCAAUGAGGGAGAAAGCGNGAGGGAGAAAGCGAGGAACCGACUGGGAAGGACAGCAACGAGAGCGUGUACGGACGGAGAAGGUCGAGUGGCGUUUUGCUCGGACUGACUACAGCGGCGCCAGAUGGAGCUGUGGCACCGGAGCAUGCGGGCGACAUCGACCCGUGGCGCACGGACAAACAUUUAUAUCUGAUCUGUGUUGUCAAUUUUUCUCGUUUUUUUCCUGAUUUUCGGUGUUCGUUCUAUGUGAUGACGUCGUCACCGGUUUUGUAGAGAGACCCGUCGGAGAUGGCGUGGCUAACCCGGGUGCAAUGACUUUGUGUCUGANGGCACCGGAGCAUGCGGGCGACAUCGACCCGUGGCGCACGGACAAACAUUUCUGUCUGGGUGUUGUCAAUUUUUUUCGUUUUUUUUUCUGACUUUCCGUGCUGGUUUUGUGUGAUGACGUCGUCACCGGUUUUGUAGAGAGACCCGUCGGAGAUGGCGUGGCUAACCCGGGUGCAAUGACUUUGUGUCUGAUCGUGGAAGACCCCUUCAAUGUGGAACGAUUCUUAGCUAGUGUCGAUAUUUUUCACUGCAGUGCCUAACACAGACGAUCGGGAGAGAUUCGGGUGAUUGUCAAUUGCUGCUAUGAUGGCUUUGGUUGGUUGUUCUUUUUCACUGUACGGCCGCAGACACAUUCUGACAGCACUUCAGACAGCAGCGUUGUGCCCCGCCUGUUGCUUGUUCCAUACCUACCAUGGUGUUUUUGUACAGACAACACUUCAGACAGCAGUGUGCUGUAGUCGGCAAUCUUCCUUUUUGGUAUAGAGUGGGACAGGGAGGGGGUGAUGGUACUGUAGUCGAACGGUGGGACGGACGUGCAGUACAGUUUUUGGGCACGAAUACUUGUACGGUGCUGCAGGGAUUUUUAGGUGUACCUCUUCGGGCUCUUGGAUACCUUUUUCUCGUAACAUGUGUGCGUGUUCUUUAGAUCCUCAGAUGGCUCUAGCACUUUCGUGACCACGGGCUGAGAGUCUUUGCUAGAUUUUGGCAUUUAGCAACUGACAUACGGUUUAAUGUGAAGACAACAAUAACACACUUCGGUGGAGACAGAGUAGGUUGGACAUCGACGAACAUGUAAAAGCCUCUCCAUCUAUCUAUCUUUUGUGUGGGAAGGGGCGCCCGAUGAAACCUGUUUGCAAGUAGAUUUUCACUUGAACUGCUGUUCAUGAACCAGCAGGAGAAUUGCACACGCGCUUACUGCAUGCAUCACGGAACUUUGUGUUGUGCGGACUGCGUAGGUGGAGGAUGCGAAAAAGAUACUGAUUCGCUCCUGUUUUUGAGACCGCGGCGGCAGUGAUGUAGGACAGCCGCGCACCUGCAUAAUAACCAGAAAAAUAAUUGACCCCACAAGAGAUGUUUGUCCGUGCGCCACGGUUCGAUGCCGUCCGCAUGCUCCGGUUCCGCUACUCCGGUGCCGCUGUGGCCAGUCCUAGCACGACCAAACUCGACCCGCUCCCCUUCGUACACGCUCUCGUUGCUGUCCUUCCCAGUCGGUUCCUCGCUUUCUCCCUCGUUGCACUUAGAGUUCUUGGUCUGAAAAUUCUCGCGCCGAAGGGUCAACCAGCCCAAUCAGCUCGUCACCACCUGCUGCCCCCCCUCCUUUGAUGGCAAAAACAGGUUACUGAGACAAUACAGCUCCCUCUAGCAAAGCUAGGGCCGUGUACAUAGUGCCCGUCCACCUUUCUGAUGAUGUCUGCCUCCGCGCACAACGAUGAGAUGCGCAUUGCUGCCUACACCGACGGCCUGGAGGCCCGCGC